AUGGUCCGCUUCGGGGACGAGCUGGGCAGCCGCUAUGGGGGCGCCGGUGGGGAGCGGGCUCGGGGCGGCGGGGCCGGCGGGGCGGGCGGCCCGGGCCCGGGGGGCCUGCAGCCCGGCCAGCGGGUCCUCUACAAGCAGUCGAUCGCGCAGCGCGCGCGGACCAUGGCGCUGUACAACCCCAUCCCGGUCAAGCAAAACUGCUUCACCGUCAACCGCUCGCUCUUCGUCUUCAGCGAGGACAACGUCGUCCGCAAAUACGCCAAGCGCAUCACCGAGUGGCCUCCGUUUGAGUACAUGAUCCUGGCCACAAUCAUCGCCAACUGCAUCGUGCUGGCACUGGAGCAGCACCUCCCUGACGGGGACAAGACGCCCAUGUCCGAGCGGCUGGACGACACAGAGCCCUAUUUCAUUGGCAUCUUCUGCUUUGAGGCGGGGAUCAAGAUCAUAGCCCUGGGCUUUGUCUUCCACAAGGGCUCCUACCUGCGGAACGGCUGGAACGUCAUGGACUUCGUGGUGGUUCUCACAGGGAUCCUGGCCACGGCUGGCACUGACUUUGACCUGCGGACCCUGCGGGCUGUGCGCGUGCUCAGGCCCCUGAAGUUGGUGUCUGGGAUUCCGAGUUUGCAGGUGGUGCUCAAGUCCAUCAUGAAGGCCAUGGUUCCACUCCUGCAGAUCGGGUUGCUUCUCUUCUUCGCCAUCCUUAUGUUUGCGAUCAUCGGCCUCGAGUUCUACAUGGGCAAAUUCCACAAGGCCUGUUUCCCCAACAGCACAGAUCCAGAUCCAGUGGGUGACUUUCCCUGUGGCAAAGAGGCCCCAGCCCGGCUGUGUGAGGAUGACACUGAAUGUCGGGAGUACUGGCCAGGGCCCAACUUCGGCAUCACCAACUUUGACAAUAUCCUGUUUGCCAUCUUGACGGUAUUCCAGUGCAUCACCAUGGAGGGCUGGACUGACAUCCUCUACAACACAAAUGAUGCAGCUGGUAACACCUGGAACUGGCUCUACUUCAUCCCUCUCAUCAUCAUUGGCUCCUUCUUCAUGCUCAACCUGGUGCUGGGCGUGCUUUCAGGAGAGUUUGCCAAGGAGCGUGAGAGGGUCGAGAACCGCCGGGCCUUCCUGAAGCUUCGCCGGCAGCAGCAGAUCGAGCGGGAGCUCAAUGGGUACUUGGAGUGGAUCUUCAAGGCCGAGGAAGUCAUGCUGGCCGAGGAAGACAAGAAUGCGGAGGAGAAGUCCCCUCUGGAUGUGUUGAAGAGAGCAGCCACCAAGAAGAGUCGGAAUGACCUGAUCCACGCUGAGGAGGGGGAGGACCGGUUUGCAGACCUCUGUGCCGUGGGAUCCCCCUUCGCCCGUGCCAGCCUCAAGAGCGGAAAGACGGAGAGCUCGUCAUACUUCCGUAGGAAGGAGAAGAUGUUCCGGUUCUUCAUCCGGCGCAUGGUGAAGGCGCAGAGCUUCUACUGGGCGGUGCUGUGUGUGGUGGCCCUGAACACGCUGUGCGUGGCCAUGGUGCAUUACAACCAGCCGCAGCGGCUCACCACGGCGCUGUACUUUGCAGAGUUUGUUUUCCUGGGUCUCUUCCUCACAGAGAUGUCCCUGAAGAUGUAUGGCCUGGGGCCCAGAAGCUACUUCCGGUCCUCAUUCAACUGCUUCGACUUUGGGGUCAUUGUGGGGAGCAUCUUUGAAGUGGUCUGGGCUGCCAUCAAGCCAGGAACCUCCUUCGGGAUCAGUGUGCUGCGGGCACUCCGGUUGCUGAGGAUCUUCAAAGUCACAAAGUACUGGAGCUCCCUGCGGAACCUGGUGGUGUCCCUGCUCAACUCCAUGAAGUCCAUCAUCAGCCUCCUCUUCCUGCUGUUCCUGUUCAUCGUGGUCUUCGCUCUGCUGGGCAUGCAGCUGUUCGGGGGACAGUUCAACUUUAAAGAUGAGACCCCGACAACGAACUUUGACACUUUCCCCGCGGCCAUUCUCACUGUCUUCCAGAUCCUAACGGGAGAGGACUGGAACGCAGUGAUGUAUCACGGGAUCGAAUCGCAAGGUGGAGUCAGCAAAGGCAUGUUCUCCUCCUUUUACUUCAUUGUCCUGACGCUGUUUGGGAAUUACACUCUGCUGAAUGUCUUCCUGGCCAUCGCCGUGGACAACCUCGCCAAUGCUCAGGAGCUGACCAAGGAUGAAGAGGAAAUGGAAGAAGCAGCCAAUCAGAAGCUUGCUCUGCAAAAGGCCAAAGAAGUGGCUGAAGUCAGUCCCAUGUCUGCCGCCAACAUCUCCGUUGCUGCUGCGCCGCAGAACUCGGCCAAGGCGCGCUCGGUGUGGGAGCAGCGCGCCAGCCAGCUGAGGCUGCAGAACCUGAGGGCCAGCUGCGAGGCGCUGUACAGCGAGAUGGACCCCGAGGAGAGGCUGCGCUACGCCACCACGCGCCACCUGCGGCCUGACAUGAAGACGCACCUGGACCGGCCGCUCGUGGUGGAGCUAGGGCGCGACGGGCCGCGGGUCCCCGCGGGAGGCAAGGCCCGGCCCGAGGGCCCGGAGGCUGCCGAGGGCGCGGACCCGCCGCGCAGGCACCACCGGCACCGCGACAAGGCUGCGGCGCCGGCCCCGGCGGCAGCGGGGGAGCAGGACAGGGUGGACGCGCCGAAGGCCGAGGGCGGGGAGCCCGGGCCCCGGGAAGAGCGGACGAGGCCGCACCGCAGCCGCAGCAAGGAGACCCGCAGCGAGCGUGGCCGCGGCCCGGGCCCCGAGGGCGGCCGGCGCCACCACCGGCGCGGCUCCCCAGAGGAGGCGGCCGAGCGGGAGCCGCGGCGCCACCGCGCCCACCGGCACGCACCCGACCAGGGCAAGGAAAGCGGCGCGGCCGGGGCCAAGGGCGAGCGGCGAGCGCGCCACCGCGGCGGCCCCCGGGCCGGCCCCAGGGAGGCCGGGAGCGGGGAGGAGCCGGCGCGGCGGCACCGGGCCCGGCACAAGGCGCUGCCCACGCACGAAGAUGUGGAGAAGGAGGCGGCGGAGAAGGAGGGCGAGGUCGAGGACCGGGACAAGGAGAAGGAGCUCCGGAACCACCAGCCCAAGGAGGCACACUGUGACCUGGAGGCCAGUGGGAUAAUGGGCCCUGUGCAUGCCUUGCCCAGCACUUGUCUACAGAAGGUGGAGGAACAGCCAGAGGAUGCAGAUAAUCAGCGGAAUGUCACGCGGAUGGGCAGUCAACCCUCGGACCUGAGUGCUACUGUGCAUAUCCCAGUGACGCUGACCGGCCCUCCUGGGGAGACCACAACUGUUCCCAGUGGUAAUGUGGACCUGGAAGGCCAAGCUGAGGGGAAGAAGGAGGUGGAAGCUGAUGAUGUGAUGAGGAGUGGCCCGCGACCCAUCGUCCCAUACAGCUCCAUGUUUUGUUUAAGCCCCACCAACCUGCUCCGCCGCUUCUGCCAUUACAUCGUGACCAUGCGGUACUUUGAGAUGGUCAUUCUCGUGGUCAUCGCCCUGAGCAGCAUUGCCCUGGCUGCUGAGGAUCCAGUGCGGACAGACUCGCCCAGGAACAACGCUCUGAAGUACAUGGACUACAUUUUCACAGGCGUCUUCACCUUUGAGAUGGUGAUCAAGAUGAUUGAUUUGGGACUGCUCCUGCACCCUGGGGCCUACUUCCGGGACCUAUGGAAUAUUCUGGACUUCAUCGUGGUCAGUGGGGCCCUGGUGGCAUUUGCCUUCUCAGGAUCCAAAGGGAAAGACAUCAAUACCAUCAAGUCCCUGAGAGUCUUGCGUGUCCUGCGGCCCCUCAAGACCAUAAAACGGCUGCCUAAGCUCAAGGCCGUGUUUGACUGUGUGGUGAACUCGCUGAAGAAUGUCCUCAACAUCCUGGUCGUCUACAUGCUCUUCAUGUUCAUAUUUGCUGUCAUUGCGGUGCAGCUCUUCAAAGGGAAGUUUUUCUACUGCACGGAUGAGUCUAAGGGGCUGGAGAGGGACUGCCGGGGUCAGUAUUUGGAUUAUGAGAAGGAGGAGGUGGAAGCUCAGCCCCGGCAGUGGAAGAAAUACGACUUUCACUACGACAAUGUGCUCUGGGCUCUGCUGACACUGUUCACAGUGUCCACAGGAGAAGGGUGGCCCAUGUUCUAUGACGCACCAUAUGAAUAUGAGCUAAUGUUGAAAUGCCUGAACAUUGUGUUCACAUCCAUGUUCUCCAUGGAAUGCGUGCUGAAGAUCAUCGCUUUUGGGGUGCUGAACUAUUUCAGAGAUGCCUGGAAUGUCUUUGACUUUGUCACUGUGUUGGGAAGUAUUACUGAUAUUUUAGUAACAGAGAUUGCG